UGGUGAUAGAUUAAUUAAACAAAUCCACACGGAACUUCAGAAAAAUAAAAACAACAAAUAUCAUCAUCAUCGACGCCAUGGUAGAAAUGGUUAUAAUAACCUGUUUGAUGCUUAUUUAUCUACCAGGAGUAAAGUCACUGAAUAUUCAGAAAACCUUCCAGGAAGAUGCGUUAGUCAUCUCUUGGAAGAGUCAACUGGAUAAGACACAAAUUGAUAAAGAAUAUGUGAGGUACUCUAGUAGUGUCGGACUCUUGAAGUCUUGGGCCGUCAGCAGGAAUUCUGAAAUACAAAUUCAGGACGUCAUUAACCAUGACAGUGUACAACUGGAGAUCAUGCAGCGGUACACAAACUUCUCCUUGGCUUAUUUCAGUUUUGACAUUAAAACAAACAAACGAUUCUUUCGAGAGGGGGAGACUGGAACUGUAUCCUGGACGAUGACAAGUUACUCCGAAAAUGAAAGAUACUCAAUAUUUCACAAAAAUGAGACCAUCUUCAAAGUCAGCAAACAAAACGCUAGUAGUCUUUAUCCUGAUAAGUAUGUCUACCAGGAAACUCCGUCGGAUCCUCGGAGAGUGGGGUUCCAGAUAAUAAACGUCUCUCUCCCAGACUCUGGAGUAUACACUGGGGGUUCAUUACGCCCACUCGCCGAAGAUUGGGCCUACGUUAUUGUAUACGGAAACCCAUUGAAACCAAAAAUUAUAGGACAAACUAAAGUAGACGUAGGUAACUACGUGACUUUGAAAUGCUUGAGUGUUUCUACUUCCUUGCCGAACAACUAUAAACGGUAUCCAUCGAUCACCUACAAGUGGUUCAAGAACGGCAAUUUCAUCAUUCGAUCAGGCAACAUAUUAAGACUGAAAGUUGAGGAGGAACUGUAUAAAGAUAAGAUAACAUGCCAGGCAAAAGAAGUGGUCUCUUCUACUCUGAGUGACUCCGUGCAAAUUGAAAAGCCUAACUGCUCUGAGAAAAUUAAAUCUAAAUUCAUUGCUGGAAACGCUGAGUUUUCUUGGUCGUCCGUUGGAGAUUCCGAACAGUCUAUCUUUGUCACCAGGAAUGAUGAUCCGGGCAAUUGGUCCGAUGCAAACCAGCCAUACACAGUCAAAGAUGCUUUAAACUUUUCAUCUAUCGAAGUAGAUGUUAAAAUUCUUGACUCGAUGAAGAAAGAAAUUUCUCUGUGCCGGGGUCUGUUUUCUGGGCCAAAUAAACCUGACAUACUUAAAUCUCAAGAGGGUAGGAAUGCAACAAUUACAUGGACCAUUCCGUUUUUCCCUUCGGCUGGCUCUUACUAUAUCUUUCGGAAUACCAACACCUUAGAAAAAACAAUACUCACUAUUACAAGAAAUGGCAAUACCAGCGGCCAAUCAGAAAAAUACCAGUACAAAAGGAUUCCCAACAAAUCAUCAUCACAAAUCUUGUUGGAGGUGAAAAAUAUCUCUCUCCAAGAUGGUGAUCUCUACAGGGGUGGAACUUCACUAUCCGAUGCCCAGAACACUAGAGGAGUACUACUCGUUGUGGCAGGUAAGCCAUCGACUCCUAUAAUUGAGUCGAACCUGGAGACUCCUCGAUACGGUAACACGUUGACUUUGACUUGUAGAAGUUAUUCCACGUCACAGCCAGCAUAUUACCGACACCAGUUAACCUGGUCCUAUACAUGGUACAGAAAUGAUUCCAUCGUCUACCGAGGACACACGUACGCUUUUACAGUCAGUCGUGACGUCGUGUAUGACGAAAUAAUGUGUCAAGCAAAAGAAGUCAUCUUGUCAAAAAACAGCAGUACAUAUAAGAUUGGGUAUCUGGAGAAAUCAAGACCGGCAGAACCAAAAAUCAUCGGUAUUUCACAAACGAAUGCUAAAUACUUGAGAAUUACAUGGAGUUCCCCAUUUGAUGGAGGAUAUCCUCAGUAUUUUCUUAUAUAUCAACAAACCAUUACGGUAUGGGACGUUGUUGCUAAUAUUAGCCAAUCAAACGCCACUAUCCAAUCAGCUGAUGUUCCAUCUGGCCCAAAAGGCGUGUACGGCGUUGCAAUCAUGUCUUGCAACAUGCUUGGGUGUACCAUGCCAGUCAAACUGGACAGAGAAUCAAAUGCGUUUUUGAAUGACAAUGGAAAUUCUGCGGGGAUUGCGAUUGGAUCAUCAUUAGCUGUUAUCGUCUUAGCAAUUAUGGUCCUACUUGGAUUAUUACACAUGAAAUAUGGUAAUGUAUUGGACACACUUUAAAAAAGAAGAUUUUAAGGAGAAGUUGAUUGUUUUUCCAACUGAACAAUUUCACUUUUAAUGAUAUUAGUACUUCUCAUAGUAUAUUUAUAAUAUCCAAAGCACCGUGUUGAGAGAUAUAAUGUUUUUGAGAUGUACAUGUACAAAGUCCGUUUGUGAGUUCGUCGGUACUGGUCAUCAAAUUUUCCCAGCGUAACUACUUUUCAUCCACUAAAAUAUCUUGUUAAGCACGUGCAGCAACAUUUGUUUAACAAUACAUGAAAUUAAGGAAAUGAAAUUCAUAGGAAACACCCAAUAUAUUAUUUUCUGGAAAUUUAUUACAAUUAGAAGUGUGGCCAAUAGGAGAGUUCGACGGUCAUGACAAUUUGUAGACUGCAUUCAUCUCGUUUGGAAGAAGAAUCCAGAAUAAAAAUAUAGGAAAAUAUCAACAUUUAAAGGUUAACUGCAUUGGUAUUUUUUUUUACUAAAUUAUAAUUUACACAGUUCAACAAAUCAGAUCGUAACAUAUUAAGUAGAUCCGAUGGUAGAACCAUUUUACCAUGAACUUGGACUUUUGGUAGUUGUGUCAAACAGCAAUGUGACGUAGGCAUGUGUAUUUCAUUGCUAGCCACUCAGCUAUGGCUCUUUGAAAUCAACAAGAUUUGUCUGGCUUUUGAGCGAAGACUACGCAAUCGGUGUAUGUUUCGCUUAAAACAGCGUCAUUUUUAACUUGUUUUGACGCAAGCAAUAGAUAGCUACGCCCUACUGAUAGUCCAAGGCCUUGUUAAAAUGGUUCUAAAUAUGUUGACCAUCCAGUCUCCUCAGAGAAUAUACUAUUAUAAUUGUAACAAAUGAGAGAUGUUUGACGAUACUGAUAUUUAGAAGAAAUUUCACCCCUAAAAAAUCAGCGGUAAAAGAUGACUUGAAACUUUAUAUCUAGGCUUGAUCCUAGUCUGUCAAAUCCUACAUAUAUGCACACUCACUCCCAGAAAAACGAAUUGGAAAUGUUUGACUAUAUUUACGCCAGCAGUUGUCUUCGCAAUUUGUAAUUAACUACAGUUUUCAUGAUAUUUUGAUAGUUGCACUUUCAAACUGUUUCAAACUUCUUUGUUCUUAGCUAGGGGGUACAACUCUCACUUCACACAUUAAAUCACAAUUUCCUGCGCAUUAGCAAAUGGAGCAAUAAAGUUCGUGUAUAAAGUCAAGUGAAUCGAGAUUUCUUUUUAGUAGUAUAUUUAAUUUUUGACCAAAUCUAUACGUUCUUUUGAUGCAUAGUUCCCAGUUCGAGAUCGAGUUGGAAUAUCCUGUAAGUAAGCACAUAUAUACAAUUUAAUGCUCUUAAUAACAACGAAAACUAAACUCGCUAAGUAAAUGCGGAGGAGUUUCUCUGACCAAAUAAUGUACUGCCGGACUGACUGGUUGACUGUCUAAAAGGUCAACGUGCGCCCUUCACAACUCGUUGAGUGCAUGGCGUAAAAUUAUUAUUUUUGAGAUGGUUUUCUGUAAGAAUAUGUAUCAUAUAAAAAUCGACAUUACGUAUCUUAAUGAGAAGAACAUUUUGAUAGCAAUUAUAUUUGCAGAAAACAUUUUGCAAUUAUGAAAUAUUUAACAGAACAUUAAGAACUGCAUCUUAUCUAUGAAUCUUUAUUGUGACAUUUUGAACCCCAUUUUUGUUGAACAAGGAAAAAGACACGGAAAUAGAAGUUCGAUCAAUAGUUUGCAUAUUACGAUGUUUCUGUUGUAACUCGGUGCAGACAGAGAGAGUGUGUGAAGGAGAGAAUUAGGACUUUGUAAGCCAGGCAUGGUUGAUGUUUCAUACUCUUGUGGUUUUGUCUUUUUUGGUUGUUGAACAUUAUAAUUAAAAUUCUUCAAUUGUUUGUCACUGUGCUUUUACACAUGUCAAAAGAUGUCUUUCUGUCUUGUGUUAUUUUUUCCUUUUGGAAUUAAAAUAUACUGUAUUAAUGCAUAUGUAUUUAGGUUUGUGGUUAACCACUUAUACAUGACACCAGGAAUUACUGAAUUUAUCAAAAGUAUAUUAUCAUGAUGAAAUAUGUAUUAUUUUCU